AUGUCCGUUCAAAAAGUCGUCCUAAUCACCGCCGGUUCCGCCGGUCUAGGCGCCGAAAUCGCACGAGUCUUCGCCCCAGACUUCCGCGUCAUAAUCAACUACGCCUCCAACGCCACCCGCGCGGAAUCUCUCCUCGCGGAACUAUCGCAAACACCAAACACCCACCCUUCCCCCCAACUCCCCCGUUUCCACGCCAUCCGCACCGACGUCUCCUCCAAACCUGCCGUGCACGCCAUGGUCGCCGAAGCCAUCGCCGUCAUGGGCCGCCUCGACGUCGUCGUCUCCAACGCCGGCUGGACGCGCCUAACCAACUUCUCGGAUCUCGACGAGGGCGUCGUCGAGGAGGACUGGGACUUGUGCUUCACCAUGAACGUGAAGACGCAUCUGUGGCUGGCGUACGCGGCGCGGAAAUGGCUGGAUGAGAGCGAGGGGGCGCUGAUUACGACGGCGAGUGUGGCGGGGGUGAAGCCGGGGGGGAGUUCGUUGCCAUAUGCUGUGACGAAGGCGGCGCAAAUCCAUUUGGCGAAGGGGCUGGCGGUGAUUUGUGCGCCGAGGAUUAGGGUGAAUACGGUGUCGCCGGGGUUGUUGUUGACGGAAUGGGGUAUGAAGUUCCCAGAUGCGAAGCGGGAGGCGGCGAAGGAGAGUACGAAGCUUAAACGGUUGGCGACUGUGGAGGACGUUGCCGCUCAAGUGAGAACCCUCGCGCUCAGCCAGUCCGCAACUGGUCAGAACCUCUGCAUAGACGGCGGCUCCUCGAUGUAA